AUGGGAAGUGUCAGUAGCCUCAUCUCAGGCCACAGCUUCCAUAGCAAGCACUGCCGGGCAUCCCAGUACAAGCUGCGCAAGUCUUCCCACCUGAAGAAGCUGAACAGAUACUCAGACGGACUGUUGAAAUUUGGCUUCUCUCAGGAAACUGUUCACAAUAAGUCCAGCUCCAAGGGCAACAAGAAUGAGGACUUUUUUUACAUCAAGGUCAACCAGAAGGCUCACCGGACGGACUACACCCCGCUGUCUGGGGGGGAGCUGGGAGGCCAGGCUGGGAGGAGCAGCGUGGACUAUGGCACCCCGACGCCACCCAAACUGAAGCCAGUCUCCAACCAGAUAGAACUAGUGAGUUGCAUGAAACCUGGCCAGUGUAUACCAAAAGAUCUCACUUGUGCUAACUGAAGAAGAACGCUGGUGGAUCAGCCAAAGGCCUGUUCCGCCCAGCAUCGUGUUUUCCACAGUAGCCAACUAGAUGUCUUGGGGAAGCCCACAAGUUGGACACAAGGGCAGUCGCUGUCUCCCACAGUUCUCCCCCAAGAACUGGUCAUUUAGAGGGGCCCUACCUCUGAACCAAGGCUCUGACACAGAGAAAGAAAAGAUGUCCGUUACCCUGAUGUCUUUCUUAGGGGCUUCUGGUUGGCUGCUGUGGCAAAAGAGGAAGCUGGACUAAGUGAAUUAUUGGAGAGAUCCAGCCAACCUUUUCUUACAUCCUUGUGUAAAGAUGUGGUCUGGUUGAGUGGUAGUACAAUUUGUGCUUGCAAACAUGCACAAUCAACCUUCAGAUAAGUAGGCCUCAAUAUAUUCAGAUCCAGGACCCAUCUUUAAUUGCAAAAUGCAUUUUGGGGGGUGGGGAGUUACCCUAUAUUUAUAUGGUGGUGAUGCUGCUGCUUUUGGGAACCAUGACCCAGUGCAUUGGGGGCUGACCCACCAAGCUGAUCAGUGAAUUAAGUUAACUAAUGGUUGACGACAACACAUGGUUGGUUUUAUUUAUUGAUUCAUCCUUACCUUUAUGUACAGUGAUACCUCGGGUUACAGACACUUCAGGUUACAGACGCUUCAGGUUACAGACUCCGCUAACCCAGAAAUAGUACCUCGGGUUAAGAACUUUGCUUCAGGAUGAGAACAGAAAUCAUGCUCUGGCGGCGCAGCGGCAGUGGGAGGCCCCAUUAGCUAAAGUGGUAUCUCAAGUUAAGAACAGUUUUAAGUUUAAGAACGGACCUCCAGAACGAAUUAAGUUCUUAACCGAAGGUACCACUGUACUGCCUUUCUUCUAUUGUGGAAUGCAAGGUGGCAUAAAUAUUCUUUCUAGGCUGCCACCCAUCCGGCCGCUGACUAGACCCAGACCUGCUUAGUUUCAGCAAACUGUUGACCUUGUGUACCUUAAAUCUGUUUUUAAAAACCACCACCACCAAACGGAAGAUUUAAUCAACUGACAUGGUGUCCCGCCAUGCCUGCUGGUUUCUGUGCCGAUGCCUGCAGUCAGCUAUGUUCUGCCUCUUCUCUUAGAAUGCUAGGAAUUGGUGGAAACUGCAAGUUAGCAGAGCCCUGUUGCCCUCAGGUCCUGCUUUUGGUUUUCCCAAAGGCAGCUGGUUGGCCGCUGUAAGAACAAGAUGUUGGACUAGGUGGGCCUUUGGCCAGAUCCAGCAGGACUCGAGCUAUUUUCUCUUGUUCUUCUCUCUUAAAGCACCACCCCCUCCGAUCCCCAUGCCUGCACUCUUUCCUUCCUCUGUAUUGCCCUCUCUCCUUUGUAUUGCAUCUUUGAGGCUUUCCGUAUUGGCUCAUUCCUUACCACACUGUUGUAAGAACUUAGGCCAGUGGCUUAUCUGGUCCAGCAUCCUGUUCUCACAGCAGCCCACCAGAUGCCCGUAGGAAAUGUGUAAGCAGGAUCUGAGCCCUCCUGUAGCUUCCAGCAACUGAUAUUCACAAGCAUUACUGCCAAAAACUGCAUCCUUUGCCUUCACCACCUCCAUUCUGCCUUUUGCUGAGGGACUAGCUUUCUCACCCCUUCCCGUACACUCCACAUCUCUUCUCUUACUCCUCUCCUCUUCCUCUUCCUUUUUAUUGGCUGCUCUUUUGUAGCUCCCCCUCUCCUUGCCCCUCCACUGUCUUUCAUCCUGCAACUGAGGACUGGAUCCGCUCGCAGAUCCCUGGUGCCCACAACAACAACACCAGCAGCAGGCAGGGCAGCUCACAGCCAUUCCUGGCCAGCCUUGCGACUCCCUUCCGGGGAGAAGACAGCCAGAUUGAGCCCCUCCUCCAGCUAACCCUGUGUCUUUAAAAGGUAAUGGGGACCCCUGACCAUUAGGUCCAGUUGUGGCCAACUCUGGGGUUGCGGCGCUCAUCUCGCUUUAUUGGCCGAGGGAGCCGCUUACAGCUUCUGGGUCAUGUGGCCAGCAUGACUGAGCUGCUUCUGGCGCAUCAGAGCAGCGCAUGGAAACGCCGUUUGCCUUCCCGCCAGAGCAGUACCUAUUUAUCUACUUGCACUUUAACGUGCUUUCGAACUGCUAGGUUGGCAGGAGCAGGGACCGAGCAAUGGGAGCUCGCCCCGGCGCGGGGAUUCGAACCGCCGACCUUCUGACUGGCAAGUCCUAGGCUCUGUGGUUUAACCCACAGCACCACCCACAUCCCUGCUGUGCCUUUAGUGUUUCCCUUAAGAUCUGUACAGUGGAAGGGAAGUGCACGCUGUGGGGUUGUCAUGCCUUUACAGUCAUGCCUCAUGUUACAUCCUCUUCAUGUUACGUUCUUUCACUUUACGUCCCGCGGCAACCCGGAAGUACUGGAAAGGGUUACUUCCGGGUUUUGCCGCUCGCGCAGAAGCGCAAAAUGACGUCACACACAUGCGCAGAAGUUGCGAAUUGCAACCCGCCCGUGCGCGGACGCGCUGCUGCGGGUUGUGCGCUUUUCAUGUUGCGAACGGGCCUCCAGAACGGAUCCCGUUCGCAACCAGAGGUACCACUGUAUUUAUUUACAAGAAUUCAGAUUAUUACAGUUCCCAAGUAGAGCGUUGCAGUUGUUUGAAUGUAGCAUGUAGCAUUCAAAGAGGGCUGAGAAACCACAGGUCUAAGAGCCCUUCCACGCCCUUGGAAUUCUUCUCAGGUCAUGCACCUCAAUGGGUCUGCUUUACCCCCCCCCCCAUGUUUUGGCCUAUGUAGGACAUGCUCUUGAACUCUGAUAAUGCUUCUAUCUUGCCUGGAUGGAGAACAGAGAGGUGGGUGCGAGUGCCGGUAGAGACUAGUCUAGUACACAAAGGCAAAAUUUCACCCACUACUGGCACGUGGCCCUUGGAUCAUUGCCCAGAAAGGAAUGUGGACCUUGAUCUGAAAACUAUUUUGCACUCCUGAUUAAAAGCAAUCAGUAGUGUCAUACUGUGCACAUUUUAUCGAAUUCUCCACUACUAAAUAUUUCGGUUUAACUUCUUUGAGCUAUUAGAAAAAUAGUUCUUUUCCUCUUGAUUCUCAUAUUUCAUUGGAAAUGUUUCAGUAAAACAAAGGAAAGUGGAAAAAAUAAAAAGGAAACAAAAAAGAAGGAAAAUAUUUCAGAUACAAAGAAGAGAGAGAAAACCAACGCGGUAUAUUCUUUUGAAAAGUUUUCCUUGCUAAAUAUGUCAAAUAAACAUGCCAAAUCAGACCUCCAUUGAGCAAAUAGUUUUAAGGUGGUUGUCCCAUCCCCGUCCCCCCGUGACGCCUUUUCUCUGGCAUAGGUGAAAAAGGACCAAGUGUUGGAAACUCCUGUACCCCCAGUAAAAAAUUUUAAUAUGCUUUUUAUUAGUUUUCUUACACACACACACAAUAAAUUAACAAAAAUGAUAAAAUAAUAAAAACAUACAUCCAUAAAGCCAUACGUUCUUUCAAAAGAACUUUGCCACAUUAUUCUUAAUUCCCAAUUCCUUAUCUUCCCCAAUAGGCUUUUGUCUUCCUCAAAGCAGGUCUGUCUUAUCUGUUUAAUAAACUGCUUCUUUAAUCAUUUUGCCCUUUCUUCUGUUAUCUGAAUACUAUACUUAUAAUCCAUAUUGUGGUUUGUGAAAAUUAAUCAAAGCAUGUCCAGCUUUUAACUUGAGGGCACUUUAUAAAUUUCCCCAUCCUUUUUGAACUUUUGGUUUGGCUGUCUCUGUCACCUUUGCCAGUCCCAGUAAUUAUCCAGUUUCUUUUUCCCCACAGGCCACUGACAAGAGUGCUACGAGGCCCACAGCCUUCAAGCCUGUUCUCCCUCGCUCCAGCACAGUCCUCCACUCUUCUCCAGAGCACGGCAACCAUGUUCCCCAGAAGCUCCAAUCACAGGAGAAAGCCAAGGAUCCGGACGCUAAGCCUGCUCUCUGCUCCGGAGGACUGUCAGACUCAGGACGAAACUCCAUGUCUAGCCUCCCCACGCACAGUACAGCCAGCAGCUACCAGUUGGACCCCCUUGUCGCUCCCGUGGGACCCAUCAGCCGAUUUGGGGGCUCUGCCCUGAACAUCACUCAGUGCGCCAUCCUGCAGGACAGUAACAUGAUGAGCCUGAAGGCCUUGUCCUUCUCGGAUGGGGGCACCAAGAUCCUGAACCCUGGCAAAAUGUCUGCUGCUCCCCACCCGGGCGAGAAGAACUCCUGCGUCCGCUCGCCCAUCUCCACGGAGGAGUCGGCCAUCCAGGAGCUGGAGCAGAAGCUUCUGGAGAGGGAGGGGGAGCUUCAGGAGCUGCAGUGCAGCUUUGAGGAGAAGGAGAUCACCUCCUGCCAAAGCUACGAGGAAAAGCAGAGGCGCUGCAGGGACGAGAUGGAAGGGCUGAAGCAGAAAUGCAACAGCAGGCUCAAGCAGGCGUCGCAGAAGAGCCACAGGGCCCAGCAGCUGCUGCAGCUGCAAGUGUUCCAGUUGCAGCAGGAGAAGCAGCAGCUCCGGGAGGAACUGGCCAACCUGAUGAAGGAGCAGGACCUCCUGGAGGCCAAGCUGAGGUCCUAUGAGAAGGAAAAGACCAACUUUGCCCCAGCGCUGGAGGAAACUCAGUGGGAGGUGAGGCCCAGCUCCAUCCUAAUAGGGAAAAGCUUGCACCGCGAUGGGGUGGGAAUGUGUUGUACAUGGGUACACAGAGGGACUAAAGGAUGUGUUGCCACCACAAGUCAGGCAAGUGUACUGUCAGGUGUCAGUGGUGGUUGCUCGUGAGUAACCAGGCAGGACUCCAACCUGUCUUUAACAGGUUUUAUUUUGGUGCAAACACUAUUUACAGUGCAGAACCAUCAGUUCAUGUCUGCCUAAACUGCUAGCAGAAUCCGGGAGUGGCUCUUUCCGGGUCCUCCCCCAACAUAAGAACUUAGUCACCCCCAGCCGUUUCCUUCCUUCUUUGCGUUUUACUCCUCUGCACAAGGUGGGUGACGGAUGAGGCGUGUUUCCCUCCUGGCCGGCUUGACCAGGGGCGGUGCUGAGGCUCCCCGCAGCAUCCUCUAGCCCCUUCCCCUCCUUUACCCCGGAGGUGUGGCUUUCCCCAUUGCAGGAAGAGGAACUGCUUCGCAAGAUUUUCAGAAGCUCCCUGUAUGCCAACGGCCCCUCUGCCUCCCUUCCCUGUUCCGAUGGCAGUCCCCUGACAUGUACGUACCAAAAUGGUGCUCGCAUAAGUUUCAUCUAAAUGGGCUGGCCUGAGCCAAUGAAAGGACCUCUUCCUGUUAGGCAGCUACACCCUUUGGUAUGUCACAGUCAUAAAAAGAAUCGUAGGAAACAUUGUCAGUUCUUUCGUUGAUGUAAUAUUCAUUAUCAUCAUCACCAUCACUUUCACUGGGUUGAAACCAACAGGAGUCACGGUUGACUCCCUGAAAUUUAUGGACAUGACUAACUUGGGUCCAUUAACUUCAGUGGGUGUGCUGAAAGUUUGCUGGUUACCGUAUUUUUCGCUCUAUAAGACGCACCAGACCACAAGACGCACCUAGUUUUUGGAGGAGGAAAACAAGAAAAAAAUUAUUCUGAAUCUCAGAAGCCAGAACAGCAAGAGGGAUCGCUGCGCAUUGAAAGCAGCAAUCCCUCUUGCUGUUCUGGCUUCUGGGAUAGCUGCGCAGCCUGCAUUCGCUCCAUAAGACGCACACACAUUUCCCCUUACUUUUUAGGAGGGAAAAAGUGAGUCUUAUAGAGCAAAAAAUACAGUACUUUUUUGGAAUGAAAUAUUUCUAUGUUUAUACAGUCAUUUAAUUGCAUUGGAACAAAAAUCGGGAGAGCACUAGAGGUUCAUAAUUCAACGAAGAGCUAGUUGUUUAGCACCAUCACUCUGCACGGUGCUUCACAGAGUUCGAGAGGGAAGGUCCCUGCCCCCAGGAGCUUACAAACUUCAACCUAGAAGAGGAGAGAAACAGAGGCAGAGGUUAACAGAGAAGCAACAUGUGGCAGUGCCCCUUACACAUGCUUAGGCUGAGUUAUAGCAAGACAGAGAACAAGGCAGUUGUGCUAAAGGUUUCACCAAAAAAGGUUGAUUUUAAGGAGGGGUUGAAUUAAUUAACGUAACUUCAUGCUCUACAAAUCCAUGACAUACCUCAAGAAGUCAUAUUCAGGCCACGUUGAAAUGAACGAAGCAACUGCAUUUUGCCUUCAUGUUAUAAUGCAUGAACAUGAAACAUAUGCAGGAUUAACUGUCUUUGCUUUCUGAAAAAGAACCGGAGAACUGCCUGCUAUUCCCACAUAAUGAAACCGAACACAUCAUAUCAGUUUAGGAGGCCUUUUCCUUAAAGAUCACUUUGUUCUUAAGUAGUCACCCUACUUGGGGUUAAUGUUAGGAUUGCUGCAUCCAAGUUAAGUUACCCAAAUACAUUUUGUGCAGUCAUGCAAAUUUCCCAAGGUGAGAGCUGUAAAUGGCAAAGAUCUGAAAUGGGCGAGGGACCUCAGGCCUGGGGCUGCAGCCUUCCAGUCUCCUCUAUUUGGCCCUCAGGCUUUUGCCUGGCUGGAAUAUGCCUGUGUAUUGGGAUAAUAUCUCUUCCUUGCCUGGAAGACAGAUGGAGAGCUGUUGUCGGUGGGUGCACAACACAUCUAAAAGCACACUUUUCUUUAGAAACCUCCAACUUUUGAUUCACUGUACAAUAAUUUAUGCUUCAUCUACUUUUCCCACAUUUGCUAUGCAGCCCCCCAAGAAGGGAAUAUGGCCCUUGGGCUGAAAAACCCCAAUCUAAAGUUAAAUUUCAGGUCUCUUAAGAUGCUUUUGUUGAAUUGAGAAUGCAGGGCUUAGAAGUGCUCAGUGCUUUGGAGAAUGCAGGGCUUGGAGGAAUGAAAAUGCAAUGCUUUUAGAGGGUUAGGCUUCAACUGGGAGGGAGGCCUUGGGUCAGUAGUUGUCUCUUAGCCCAACCUACCUCAGAGCACUUCACAAAGAGAAAGGCACUGCAGAUGUAGUCCUGAGUUCUCUGACAGAAGGGUGGCAUCAAAAUGUAAUAAACAAAUGCUGUAGCAUUUUGACGAUUCCACACACCCCACGUCACCAUCUUAAAAGGUCUAGACAGGACAGCAUUCUGUAUUGGCUAUUCCAAUUAUUGACUGCCUUUUACCAGGAGAGUUUAAAAUCCAAAGAAUAUUUGAGUUUUAUUUGGAAACGGAAUAAACAGCUAAUAGAAUUAAAAUGUGGGUUUUCUGCGUCGGUGCGAUUUUACUUGUAUUGUUUGUAUCCUUCUACCCCAAUUUUACUGAUUCUGUUGGCUGAAUCAUCUCCAGAUGAUAUUCCCAGAAUAAAAAGGGGAUUUCAAAAAAGAAAAAACCAUACCACAGAAAGCUACUGUGCACCACUGUUGAAAUGUUAACCAUAGAAAGAACUAUGCAGCCCUGACUUCAGCUGCCCCUUUAGAGGGGGGGCGGAUUAAGUAGACUGGGAAAGUGCCUCAUUUAUCCAUUUUCCGCUGCUCGAAAUCAUAUUAAAAAGCUUGGUGCUUUUUCGAAACGGAGUCUGUCAGCCUAGCCUGCCUCACAGCAUCGAGUUCAGUUAGAUACACACUGGUGAGGGCCGGCCCUACCAUUAGGCAGUUAGGUGCUAAGUCAGGGCAGGAAGCCUUACUCAACUGCAAGGGUCACAUUUCCUUCUGGGCAACCUCCCAGCAGGGCGAUGGUGGGCGGGGCCUGAGGAAAAAGUAGGCGGAGCAACAAAUGUGAAUUUUACUUGUGCUCAGGAGACUAGUUUCUACACCCAUUCACACAAACCUCUCUCCUUCCCUCACCUAGGCUUACAAGCAGCAUUAGAAACUCAGGUACAUAAGGUAAUCGCCGAAUGGCACCUUAAACCUUGGUUACGGUCGCCACAAGAGUGUGUCUAGGCACCUUUUUUCUCCAAUGAAAUUUGCUCUUCUUCAUUUCAUUUCUACAACGCUUUAUAUACGUUUCCGAGCACAAUUCAAAGAGUUGGUCCUGACCUUUAAAGCCCUAAACGGCCUUGGCCCAGUAUACCUGAAGGAGUGUCUCCACCCCCAUUGUUCAGUGCGGACACUGAGGUCCAGCUCUGAGGGCCUUCUGGCGGUUCCCUCACUGCGAGAAAUGAGGUUAUGGAGAAACAGGCAGAGGGCCUUCUCAGUAGUGGUGCCCACCCUGUGGAACGCCCUCCCAUCAGAUGCCAAGGAAAUAAACAACUAUAUGACAUUUAGAAGACAUCUUACGAGAGAUGGCGCCCCCGGGUUUCUCCGUCCUCCACCAGUCGCGGACUGUGGGCCGGGGGGGAGGGGUGGUAUUAUUAAUCCGGGAAGAUUGUUCUUUCAGGGCUCUACCAUCGCCAUUGAUCCCCGGCAUUUAAUGUGUUGGCCUAGUGUGGGGCUCCGAGGUGAGCUUGGCUGUCUGGCUGGUGUACCGGCCACCUAGCGCACCAGCAGCCACCCUGUCUGGCCUGCUGGAGGCGGUGGCCGGCUGGGCCUUGGAGUUCCCUAACCUAUUGAUAUUGGGGGACUUCAACAUCCAUGCUGAUGCCACUCCCUCCUCACAGGCUCUGGACCUGGUGUCUUCCAUGGCGACACUAGGGCUCUCCCAGUUUGUUUCGGGCCCCACACAUCAAGCAGGCCACACGCUGGAUUUGAUCUUUGGCAUCGGUAUAGAUGUGAUCAUGUUUCCUUCGAUGAAGGUGCCAUGGUCUGAUCACUACGCUCUGAAAGCCAGGAUUGACGUUCCACCCCCACCCUGCUUAGGUGGCGAGCCAAUUUGGGCUCGCCCGCAGAGGCUGAUGGAGCCUGAUAGAUUCCGUCAAGCCUUGCGGGACCUUGCUCCCCCUGGCGACUCAUUGACUGAGCUUGUUGAGGGCUGGAAUACCCAGCUCCUGGCAGCCAUCAAUGAGAUCGCACCUAAGCGCCCUCUGCGACCCCGCAGAAACCGGGCUCCCUGGUUUACCGAGGAGCUCCGGAAAAUGAAGUGGGACCUCAGACGGCUAGAGCGAGUAUGGCGGGGUGCCCAUGACGGAGCCUCAAGAACAUCUUAUAGGGCUUUUAUGAAAAUCUACGAGAUGGCAGUGAAGGCCGCUAAGAAGUCCUACUUCUCGGCCUCCAUUGCAUCCGCUAGCUCUCGCCCGGCGCAAUUAUUUACACACAGCUGUGAGGCAUUUGCGAGCUUUUUUGCGGAGAAGGUCCUUUUGCUCCGCCAUGACCUCCCUGCCAAUUUGGAUACAAUAAAGGAACUGGAGGCCCCUCGACUGUCCUCGGGUCCAGUAUUGGACCACUUUGACCGGAUAUCCCCAGCCGAUGUGGACAGACUCCUCUGAGCUGGAAAGCCCACCACUUGUCCUCUCGAACCGUGCCCGUCCUGGCUGAUUAGAGCGUGUCCAGACGAGGUGCGGGCCCCCCUGGGGGAUAUCAUCAAUUUGUCCCUUGGCACCGGGACAUUCCCAGGGGAACUGAAGGAGGCAGUGGUGCGCCCGCUUUUAAAGAAAACAUCAUUAGAUCCCUUAGAUCUAUCCAAUUACCGCCCGGUUUCGAAUCUUCCAUUCCUGGGUAAGGUGAUUGAGAGAGCGGUUGCUGAACAGCUUGGUAGAUUUCUGGAUGAAACAUCGGCUCUGGAUCCAUUCCAGUCCGGCUUCCGCGCUGGUCAUGGGACCGAGACGGCUCUGGUCACCCUAACAGAUGAUCUCCGCAGGCAGCUGGAUCGAAGCGGGUCGGGGCUGCUGAUUCUUCUAGACCUGUCAGCAGCCUUCGACAUGGUCGAUCACGAACUCCUGGACCACCGUCUUGACGACGUGGGGAUCCAGGGCACAGUCCUUCAAUGGCUGCGCUCGUUUCUCUCCGGUCGGGGACAGAGGGUGGCACUUGGGGGGGAAUUGUCAUCGCGCCACUCCUUGGUGUGUGGAGUGCCUCAGGGUGCGAUACUCUCCCCGAUGCUUUUUAACAUCUUUAUGCGCCCCCUUUUAUUAUUAUUAUUAUUAUUAUUAUUAUUAUUAUCUGAAGGCAGCUCUGUUUAGGGAAGUUUUUAAUGACUGAUGUUUUAAUGUAUUUUUAAUCUUUUGUUAGAAGCCACCCAGAGUGGCUGGGGAAACCCAGCCAGAUGGGUGGGGUAAUAAUAAUAAUAAUAAUAAUAAUAAUAAUAAUAAAGCUGUUCACAAUACAUUAAAAUAUCAGAUAAAGCAAUCCAGAAUAAAACAAAUUCAAGCUUCCAGGAAAAUAGUUCAGAUCCUUCUCUAAGUGACAUUUCGUUUUCCCCACAUUUGUUUACCUGCUUAAUUUCUAGAGCUGCCCCAUAGCAGAAAGACUCUAGGAGGCCAGUGUGGUGUAGAGGUUAGAGUGUCAGGCUAGGAUCUGGGAGUUCAGGGUUCAAAUCCCCACUCAGUCAUGAAGUCACAACCUCUUAGCCAACUUUGCGGGGUCAUUGUAGGGAUUAACUGGGGAGUAGGAUGAACCAUGCGCCCCUUGGAGAAAAAAGGUGGGAUGUGAAUAAGCCUAAAACAAUCAAUCAGAAACUCAACAGUAAAAAAGAAAUAAAAACACUAGAGGCUUCAGGAAACCAUGCAAUAGUUCAGAAAGCAGGUAGCCAUGAUGAAAUGUCUGCCAAACCAGUGUUUCUCAACCUGUGGGUCCCCAGAUAUUGUUGGACUACAACUCCCAUCAUUCCUAGCCAGCAUGACCAGUGGUCAAGGAUGAUGGGAAUUGUAGUCCAACAACAUCUGGGGACCCACAGGUUGAGAACCGCUGGCCUAAACAAAUAGGCUAGCAGCAAACACUUGACACAGUGGGUGCUAAAUGGAUUUCGUCUCCCAGGAGGCUCUACAGACCUUCUCCCAUGAUUACAACCCAACUUUCCAGGGGCCACAGGAGGCAAAAUUGGGGAGAACAACUAGAAUUUACCCUUUUUCAGUAGGCUCGUUUAUACACAUACUCUUCUCUAUCCUCCAGCCAAGCAAGCAAAAGGCGUUAUCUGAAUUCAAGGAUAUAUUUCAGACAGGCAAAAACACUCUGGAUGUGAAGCAAGGCCAGGAAGGGGUGAGGUCUGGGGAGAGGGGGUGUGGCUUGAGAGAGAUCUUAUAUCCAGCUUGAGAGGCCAGGAGGGCUGCCUUUGGCCUCUGGACCUGAAGUUCCCCACCCUGGUCUAAUCUAUUCUCAUGUAUACCAUAAUCACUGCUUGUCCACACUAAACUUAGUUGUACCAUAGCUUUGGCCUCAGGAAGGCUGAUUCCUGUAUGACACCCUGGCUGUUGUUGUCGUAUUUCCCUCCAGGUGUGUCAGAAGUCUGGUGAAAUCUCUCUCCUGAAGCAGCAGCUGAAGGAAUCCCAGACAGAGCUCAACAGCAAGACCAACGAGGUCCUCAACCUGAAAGCUCAGCUGAAGGACAUCCGGGCAAAGAUGGAAUUGCUAGAUAUGAAAAUUCAGGACCUGGAAGAUUCCCUGCGCGCCAAGGCUAUGGAGCUGGAGGUGUGCGAGAACGAGCUCCAGCGCAAGAAGAACGAGUCGGAGCUCCUGAGGGAGAAGGUGAACCUGCUGGAGCAGGAGAUCGCAGAGCUGCGGACGGAACUCACCAUCCUCAGGGAGCAGAUGAAGUGUGGGGCAGCCUCCGCGGGCCUGGAGGGGAGCAUGACGGAGGAAGCGCAAGCCCUAUGGCGGGAAGUGGAGAAGCUGAAGGCCGAGCUGGGAGAGGCUCAGGAUAGCAACCAGCAGAUGACGGCCGGCUUCCAACAGGAGCGGCAGACCUGGAAGGAGGAGAAAGAGAAAGUGAUCCACUACCAGAAGCAGCUGCAGCAGAGCUACCUGCACAUGUACAAACGGAACCAGAACCUGGAGAAGAUGCUCCAGCAGCUGGCUGCAGGGGAGGAUGGCAAAGAGCCUUUAGACCUUGACCUCCAUGGAACUGAUGUCCCUUAUGAGGACAUCAUUGCCACUGAAAUCUGAAGGGUUCUGCAUCGUCUUGCCCGCUCUGGAGAGGAGAUGCGUCUUUCAACUGGGGGGAGGAGAUUGUGUGUGUACAGUCCAGGAGAACCACCUGUUUUCUUGGUUGAGGUCCUUUGCCUGGCCAAAAUGGAUCGCCAGCUGUUGUCCUGCCACAUGUUAAUGGUGUGAGGCACCAACCCCAACCCUGUCAUGCCCAAUGCAUCCUUCUGGUAGCGCUAUCCUGACUCGAGCAUCCCAGUGAGAAAUAAAAAGGGAAGUGGGGGGCGUUACCAGUCGACCAUUUUGUCAGGAUAGAAUCAAAGCAGCAGCUGCUUUCAGUGGAGAAUAUGCAAUAAUCUCCAUGCCAAUUACCACAGGUGGCUGCUUCUUGCCCAUGACCCAGAUAUCAGUUCCCAAGGGCUACUGGAGUGCCAGCCAUAGCAAAUGCCAUUAUAGCUCUCCUGCAGCCACUAAACUAUGGGAUGAGGCCUGUUCAUGCUCCACGAGCCUCUCUGUUGCCAUGUGAGAAGACAUUUUUAGGGGGAAAGUGCAGGAUUUGGCCACUUGUUCCUUUGUUAGAGUCCAUCAUCACAGGUUGUCAAGAAUAUCCUGCAAAUUCUUAUUGACCAGGGAUACGUAAGUGGUCAGGGCCGGCCCUACUAUUAGGCAAUGUGAGGGAUCUGCCUCAGGUUGCAGAUGCUGGGGGGGCCAGGAGUGGUGGAGAGCUGUGUGUGCCAGGCAGCCUGCCCUGCAGCUCCUAAGGUGCCCUGUUGCCCUCAGGUGUGGUGGAAGACACCAUAGUUGAAGCAAAAUUCAGUUGCCUGCCCAAUCAGCUUCUAUACAUGGAAUACAGAGACAAGAAUAUAUCUUGUCCUUUUCCUCAGAGAGGAUAGCAAUAGGAUUCUGAGAUACUUGGGGAUCAGAUGGAAUGUAAGGCAUUUAUGUGUUUUCUCAUCUGGAAGAGAACAACCCUGUUCCACUGGUUGCCUGUGGAGAACCCUCUUUCUCCAGCAUACUUCUCCUGUCCAAAGUAAUGGGCUAGUGUUCUAGGCUACUAGAAGCCAUAAACUGGCAAAUCAGCCACCAGAUCUUCCUUGUCAUUGCUUGGCAUUGCCUCUUCCAUGAGCAGGUAAAAGCUGGGAGAGAGGUCUGUUUUUAUUUAAUGGGGGAGUGGGAACCGAAAUGGUGUGUGUGUUGAAUGGGAAUGUUUAUAUUCAGUUAUUGAAAAUGUGAAUAUUUUUAUGGAGCUUUUGGGAAGGCUUGUUUUUGGCAAAUAUCUCGUGUUUACUGUCCGCAUUACCUGUCCUCUGUUUUGCCAAUAGGGUUCAAUCUGCACUAUUUCUAACAGUAUUACGCCUUUUAAACAGUCAUGGUUCUCCCCAGAGAAUCUUGGAAGCUGUAGUUAAGGGUGCUGAGAGUUAUUAAGGGACUCCUAUUCCCCCUGCAGAGCUACUGUUCUCAAGAGUGAUUUAACAAUCAACCCUUCUUCCUGGUGAACUCCCGUAAUUAUAACUCUUUGAGGGGAGUAGGGCGUCUCCUAACAACUCUGAUGACCCAUAACAUACUAAAGUUUCCAUGAUUCUUUGGAAGAAGCUAUGCUUGCUUAAAAUGGGAUAAUGCAGCUUUAAAUGAAGGGUGCAGGUGUGACCUUCAAAGGGUAUUUUGAACCCACAGGAAACCACCCCCUUCCUUUAUUGAGACACCCCAGGAGCUGUGAAAUGCAGAUGGAAUAGGACGGAGGAAGGACUAGGCCAGACUGGUACAGCAAAGUGGAGUUCUUAAAGUAGUAAUUCUGGAACACAAACAGUUGGAUCAAAAGGUUUAAAACUCUCUUCUUCUCAGGGGCAAAAGAAUUGAUCAGUUAACAAUCCAAAGCAGCACCUGUUCCAGACAGGCGCUUGUAAGUUCUCUGCCUUUGUAUGGAGCUCGUCCCAAGAGAGCCCCAAACCAACCAACUACAAGCUAGCAGAGAACCUGCUUCUGCCCCACUGGCUGCGGAAAGAGCCUGCCGGUUGCCAGGGCGACACAGGGCAGACUGUAUCUCAGUUCACCUAUUCUUUUAUAAAAGCGCAAACUAGGUAGGCUACCUUUUAAAUGUGAACUAAAUUGAAUUCCACCUCCAUCCCUAGUUGCUGCUGUGAAACGUACAGCAAACUUCUUGCAGGGUGGCAGCCCUGCAUGGUAUGUUCCACCUCAUCCGACUUUCUGGAGGAAUAGAAAGGAUGUCAGUCCGGCUUGAGAUAGAAGUGGAGAGUCUUUUGCUUCCUCCAUUCCUCCUCUGUGGGGAAAACCUCCGCAGAUCACUCUCAGCUUGCUGUGGUGAUUAAAAGAAUCACUCUUGGGCUUGUGAACACGAAGCCCUGACCGUGUUACCGUCCCCUCUUCUCUGCCUGCCUCCCAGCCAGCUAAUUGGGUUUAUGCACAUAUGUUUCUGAUUAGCAGAAUUUGCAUUGUUAAUUGCAGUCUCAAAACCAGCCUGCUCCCUGGUGAACCACCAGUGACCCCAUGGGGUUAAUAACCUCUGAGUGGGAGGGGCUUGGUGUAGCCUGCUUGCCAUAUCCUGCUGAUCCGAUCAACUUUCCACAGUGCCUGCCUGCUGUCUUUCUCCUCCCCUCCAUCUACCUCACCUAAGGGCAGGGGACCAGCUGUUGGCAGACAUCAUUAAACUGGGAGCCUGUUUUCCUAUUUAAGCCUCAAAGGCAUCUUUUGUGAGAGGGCACAACACCUCCGGUACAAUUUUGCAUUUGCCCCAAAGGCUUAGCUCAGCUGCUCCAGAUGACCUGUUUAUUGAGCAUCCCGUCAUGAUUUGUGCCUAAACAGAAGUUAGGCUAUGUCUGGUCUUCAUUCGAACAUUCAUUCUGAUUUCUUUGCCAGGAGAUUAUACAACGAUUAGCACUGGUCCUUAAUUCAUCCUGAUUUGGUGGUAAUAAUUGUUUGUUCAUCCCACAUUUGCCAGUGCAUCUCCCCAUCACUUUCCCAACUACAAAAAGUCAGUUUGGGGAGGUGGGUGGGUGUUUAAGUAGAUGUGUUACACUCGGGCGACUGAGUGCUUUAAUCAACUUUAAUUGUGCAAUCCUAAAUUUCAGUUGUGCUCCUGCAGAAUACUGAGUGUGGAGGUGGCCUGUGUUUGGAUCACCUGGUGCAAUUUUAUUUUUUUUCUAAAAGUGUAGUGCCUGUAGUAUUUUCCUUCCAUAAGUAAUGGAAUGAGGGAUUAACUAUAAAAGAGGCAGCGGGUGUUCCCUUCACAUAUUUCCCGUUACCCCUUGCUCCCCUAGCUUUUGGUCACAGCACAUUAAGAUCUUUGGCCGCACCGACAGUUUAGGAAACUUAGCAGGUGGCUUAAAGAAGCCUUGUUUGUCUGCUUCCAUGCUCCACCGCAUCUACAAGCAGAAACUUCCAAAAGAGAGCAAUAAUUUGUCAUGCAAAAGAAUUGGAUCUCACCAGUUCCCUUCCUUGUCCCCCAUCCGCACCAGUGGUUUGAGCUGAUUGUGUACAAAUAUUUUGAAGUCUUCUUGAGAACACAUUCAUUCCCACAGUCUCACUGCCAAUGAGGAUGAUGAUUUGAGCAUUUCAAAUCUGAAUGGUGAUUAUGUAAUAUUGAAAGCAGCAAUGACAGCAACUCUACUAGUGCUUUAAAAUAAACACAUGACCCUAACUGUGCGGCCAGGUAAAUUAGUCGUUGUGGUCUUCAUAUCGGAGAACACAAAAAACAAUGACAGGAGUUUGCAGCAGGUUAUUAUUAUAAUAUAUUUUUACCCUUCUUUCUUUGAUCAUGAUUUCCAUUUUCUUUUGAGACAUUGGGCUCCCUUCCCUGACCUUGAGUUUUUAUGAGUUGACAUUUUUUGUGUUUGGGUGCCACAGUAAACUAUGGUUUAUUGUGGUGGGAAUGAGACACACUGAGUCUUAGAAAGGAGAUUGGAAGGCUUUUUUUCCUUCUGUUUUUAAUUGACUACAACUUGGUGCAUUAUCCAAACCUGAGAACCCACUGUUAAUCUCCACAAUGAUUUGUUUUGAACAGGUCAACUUAAAGCCAUGAUUUAUUAAAAUGCCCUGCUCCAAACAUGCCCUCAUCUGCUCCCUAACCAUGUUGACUUUUAACAAGCAUGUAUUUGGAACUCUGCAGAGGAAAAGAGGCUGCAGAAAUUUUUAAUAGCGAAUCAACUUGAAUCCACUCUUUUCUGCCACUUCUCCAUUCAAAUGGAAAUCACUUCUGAGUAGACAUGUGUAGGGUUGUAUUGUUUAUCUUCUCCCUCUACCACCCUGGCUGCUUUUUCUUUUUGUAAAGAAAAUCACCCAUCAGGGUUUAGUUAUACACAUCUUCAAAUAAUGCUUAGUUAGAACUUCAGCUGGUCACUAUAGCAUUCUUUGUAGCAUCUGUAACUAGCAGAAACAGCCUUGCAAAGCCGGUGGUGGUUUCUAGCUGCCUUGAAGAUCAUUCGCAGGAAAACAUCCUGACUGGGAACAAGUCCACAGCUAUGCCAUCUCCCCAGUUCUUCCCACUUCCUUGUUAUUAAAGGAUGAGGCCGC